AUGAAUCAGGUCAGGAUUCAACUGAAUGCAGUAAGAGUUCUUUACAUUUUCUUCAGUUGGUGCCAUGGAGGAAUUGUGAAUAUAAACUGCUCUGGCAACAUCUGGGUAGAACCAGCCACCCUUGUUAGAAUGGGUAUGAAUCUCUCUGUCUAUUGUCAAGCAACAAUUAAGAACUGCCAACCGACUAAACUUAACUUUUAUAAAAAUGGCAUCAAAGAAAGUUCUCACAUCACAACGAUUAACCAAACAACAGCUCGGCUUUGGUAUAAAAACUUUCAGGAGCCACAUGCCUCAGUGUAUUGCACUACAAAAUGUCCUGGACGUCUUCAAGAAACUCUCAUAUGUGGAAAAGACAUUUAUUCUGGAUAUCCUCCGGAUGCUCCUGACCAGGUAACCUGCAUCAUCCAUGAAUUCUCAGGCAGCAUGACUUGUACCUGGGACACUGGGACGCUCACCUACAUAGACACAAAGUAUGUGGUGCAUGUGAAGAGUGUAGAGACAAAAGAAGAGCACCAAUAUCUCACCUCCAGCUAUGUUAACAUCUCCACUGACACACUGCAAAGUGGCAGAGAGUAUCUGGUUUGGGUUCAAGCUGCAAAUGCACUUGGCAUGGCAGAGUCAAAACAACUGCAAAUCUACUUGGAUGAUAUAGUGAUACCCUUUGCAUCUAUCAUUUCCAAGGCUGAGACUAUAAAUGCUACAAUGGGCAAGACUGUAAUCUAUUGGAGUAGUGAAACAGCCAUUGAAAAGGUUUCCUGUGAAAUCAGAUACAGGGCUACCACAAGCCAGAUUUGGAAUGUUGAAGAAUUUGACGCCAAUUUUACAUAUGUACAACAGUCAACAUUCUAUCUGAAGCCCAAUGUCAAGUAUGUAUUUCAAGUGAGAUGUCAAGGGACAGGCAAAAGGUACUGGCAGCCCUGGAGUGCAUCCUUUGUUCAUAAAACUCCUGAAACAGUCCUUCAGGUCACAUCAGCAUCAUUCCAACAUGAUAGCCAGACUUCUGGGAUGCCAACUGCUUCUGUCUUCAAAGAACACCUCACUUCUGACAAUAGGCAAGACGUUGGUCUCUUAUCAGGAAUGGUCUUCUUUGCCACCUUGCUGUCAAUUCUUUCUUUGAUUGGAAUAUUCAACAGAUCACUGCGAAUUAGAAUUAAGAGAAAAAUUUUACCACUAAUACCGAAGUGGCUUCAUGAAGAUAUUCCUAAUCUGGAAAACAGCAAUGUUGUGAAAAUGCUACAGGAAAAAAGUGAAUGUGUGAAUAAUUAUGCCAGUGAACAAAUCCUUUAUGUUGAUCCUGUGAUUACAGAGAUUAGAGAAAUCUUUCUUCCAGACCACAAGUGCACAGAUGACAAGAAGGAAAGGGAGACAGGAACUCUGGAGAAAAGAGACAUCCUGCAACCCCGGCCUCUAGUCACAAACCCUACAGUUGUGUAUAUUCCUGAUCUAAACACUGGAUACAAACCCCAGGGUUCACUUUUUGCCCAUGGGGGAAACCAUCUCAGCAACAGUGAUGAAGUAGAUUCUUCAGUCCACAAACCACCAGUUGAGUCCUUAGACCUGGAAAAGAAUGGCAAGUCAAAAGAGUAUCUUCCCUUUACCUUUCCAGUCUCAACUAUGACUCCCCUAAGCAACACACUAAUUCUGGAAGAACUGAGCCUCCUUUUCAAUCAAGGUGAUUGCCUUACUCCUGACAUGCAAGACUCAACAGAGGGAGAAGCCAGCAGGUUUUUGGAAAAGGACUCACCCAGUGAAACUGUUCCAGAACAGACCCUCCUGCCUGAUGAAUUUGUCUCCUGUUUAGGCAUCAUGAAUGAGGAGCCGCCAUCCAUCAGCUCUUAUUUUCCACAAAAUAUUUUGGAAAGGCACUUCAAUAUGAUGUCACUUCUGAAAAAAUAG